CUCUCCUAACACUAGCGAACGUCAAACGCAUAACAAACGUCUAACUAUAAAGACCGGCAGCUGGUAUAUACUAAGCGUAUAACUGACAAAGUUAAUUGUGUUCGAGUAUUCAAAUUAUUGUAAAUAAUGGCAGGUAAAGGCAAAGUGGGAAUUGUGGGCAGUGGUCUUAUUGGACGUUCUUGGUCCAUGUUGUUCGCCUCCGUUGGCUAUCAAGUUGUGUUGUACGACAGUGUGCCAGCACAAAUUGAAAAUGCCUUGAAGGAAACAGAAAAGGAGCUCAAAAGUUUGGAAUCCAAAGGCUUGCUGCGUGGUAAACUGAAUGCCAGCGAGCAAUUCGCACUCAUUUCAGGCACCACUGAUAUCAAAGAAUUGGUGAAGGGUGCCAUAUUCAUACAAGAAUGCAUACCAGAGCGUUUGGAAUGGAAACAGUCACUCUACAAGCAAUUGGAUGGAGUUGUUGAGGAGCAAACAAUUCUCUCCAGCUCGACAAGUACUUUCCUGCCUUCGUUGUUCUCCAAAGACCUGAAACAUCAGUCAAAUAUAAUCGUCUCACAUCCCGUCAAUCCACCCUAUUAUGUUCCACUAGUAGAAAUUGUGCCCGCACCUUGGACAAACCCAGAGGUGGUGAAGAAGACACGCGCCAUCAUGGAGGAAAUCGGUCAGAAGCCCGUAGUAUUGAGUCGUGAAAUCGAAGGUUUCGUACUCAAUCGCAUACAGUAUGCCAUAUUGAAUGAAACUUGGCGUUUGGUUGAGAGCGGCAUUGUCGAUGUUAAGGAUGUGGAUAGCGUCAUGUCCGACGGUUUGGGUAUGCGUUAUGCCUUCUUGGGACCACUGGAAACGGCACAUUUGAAUGCCGAGGGUAUGACCAAUUACUUCGAACGUUAUACCAACACCAUGUAUGCCGUGAGUCAAACUAUGGGACCCACACCGAAAAUGGAAGGCCCAACAGCUGUGGAGAUCGCGAAACAAUUGGAAGUUAUGGUGCCGUUGGAUAAGUUGCAGGAACGACGAAAUUAUCGCGACAAUUGUUUAACGCAGUUGAGCAUUUUGAAGCGUAAAUUGAAUGAAUAAAAUGUAGUGGUGUGAAAGUAAUUGAAUCAUGAAUGAAAUGUAAUGUAAAUAUGUAUAGCGAUUAAAUUUGAACGCCAUUGUUAUUGUAACGUCGAUUACAUUUAUUUGAAUUAUAAACUCAUUUAACAACUUUAUUUUUUAAAUUCAAUUUAAAUACAUACAUUUGUAUGUACUAUA